AGAAAAAAGGAGGGCAUUUGUAAUGCCAGGGAAAGUAAUAGAUGUUGCUCAACACGGUAAUGGUUUAUAUCGCUUUGGGAAAAUGGGUAGGAAAUAGAAGAACGGAUCAUAUCGUAUUACUGUUAAACUCAAAGAUAAUCACUCCAAGCGGCUGCUAAUGUAUGUAUGUGAUUCUUAACAGAAAGCUGAGUUGCUGGUUAUUUCAUUUUUUUUAUUUUGUAAGAGAUUUCUCGUUGUAUGUGUCUGUAUGUGUAUACACAUAUUCAUGUAUAGACUAAGCAAAGUCAAGUCAAGAAUGAUGUUUGUGCUAAAAGCCCAAGAGGAAGAUGCUCGUGAAUCAGUCAUGUUAAUACCAAAAUAUAUGUAUUGGAUAGCCCAGUGAUGUUUAUCGGCUUGGCUCCGAUCGAGUUUUGUUUUGUUUUAUUUUUGAGUUCACGCUCCGAUCGAGUUAACUCAAUCCGAAGUUGAAGGAGCACAGAAGGAGGAUCCCAGAAUUAGAUUUUUAGCGCAAACAUCAUUCUCACUCACACCUUGACCUUUUUGUUUAUCCUAUUCUCUAACAAUUUUAUUUCAAUUCACCAAAUUCUCCGUUCUCUUUUACUGGAGUGGAGUGGAGUUCAUCCCUCAAUAGUGCACCGUCAUAUCAUGUCUUACUCCCACUCCUCCACUUGAAUGAAGCUCGGAUUCUCCUAUUGCACUGCACUGCAGAAUGAAUCAAGAUGCUGCCUUUAUCCAAGAUUCUGCUUUCUGCAGCUGAUUCCUGAUCUGGGUAUUCUUUGAUUUCCUGCAAAAAGCUUGCAUUGGAGACCUGAUGAUGAUCAGAAGCUGUUGACUGCAUCGAUCCUAGGGUUCUAAAGUUUUCAGCUUUUAGGUCACCGUCUUAUGAUUGUGAAUAAUAAUGAGAAUAUAUAUGAUGCUUUCUUUAGUCAAUUGGCAGGUUCGGUUUAUGUUCUCAGUCAGGAUGUGCGUUGUUGCUUCCUUUGCAUAUAUUCUUGGAUUCCACCCACCUGUCUCAUUAUUGAUUUCUUUUGAUAAAAAAAAGACUGCAAUUGCUAAAUCCCUCGAAGGGCCGAAGAUUAGCAGCUCGGUCGUUAUGGAUGAUGGAGAGGUAAAGCUCUCAGACCAUAUCCUGUUGCCCCAACCCGACUCGUCCACCAAUUUCCCGAACUCGGCCUCUGUGGAUUCGUUUCUGGAAGAGUUGUUGAAGAACACCAGAACCUGUACUCACACUCACACUUGCAUCCCGCCCGGCCCCGAUUCUUCGGGCCACACUCACACCUGCUACCACGCGCACACCCGGGUCCUCACGUCCGAGGAAGACGAAUCCCAAAGAAAGCCCUCCUCGGAUAAGUCCAAACGGCCUCUGGGAAAUCGAGAAGCGGUGAGGAAGUACAGGGAGAAGAAAAAGGCCCACACGGCUUAUUUGGAGGAGGAAGUCAAAAAGUUGCGCGCCCUGAACCAGCAGCUGGUCAGGAAGCUGCAGGGUCAGGCGAUUCUCGAAGCCGAGGUUGUGAGGCUGAGGGGCCUUCUGUUGGAUCUUAGAGGGAAAAUAGAUAACGAGCUGGGAGUUUUCCCCUUUCAGAAGCCGUGCACCUCGACCAACACGUUGAAGGAAGGUGAUUGCCGGGUAAGGUGCGAGACCGAUUUACCGUGCCUUCAUCCUCAUUUUGGACUGUCUUCUCAAGCACAGGGCUGCAUCGGUGGCGCGGGGAAGGUGUCGGUUGCUAGCAUAGAUUCCAGGGUCAAAAUGGGCGAUGACACCGUGAGUCCUGAUGGGUACUUGAUGGACAGAGUCGGGGCAUUGGUUUCUUCUGCAUCUCAAGCCGAAUGAUCAUACCACUGCGACCGUGGCAGGGGCUCGGAACUUUCAAACACUGCUGUCUGAAUGUUACUGUAUAGAAUCACUGUAAAUUUUCACAUCAAAGCGAUUACGCCGUAAGCUUACGGGAUCUGUGGCUAUGUUCAGUAUGUAGCUAGCUGAACAGAUUUUGAAGUAAAUGAAUACAUUACAUAUGUUCUUGGGUAA